UUGCACCCAUCCCCAUUAUAUGCCCCAUUGCGUUCCUGCUGCAGCUCACUUCCCCCCUCACUUGCACCUCAUUUCACUCCUUCUUGCAACCCAGUUGCAUCCCCUCUGCAUUCUGCCUUCCUCUCCUGCCCCGCACCGCCGCGCUGCAUCUCCGCCUCGCCGCUGCGCUGCGCCCCCGCGGAACCGCCCAAGUACCGGAGCGGAGGGAGGGCGCAAACGGAGCCGCCGCGUUCACCGCUUCGCACUGCCAUUGCGGCCCGGCCCGGCAAGGAUCGGCACGUGUUUUCAGACGCUGCCACCACGCACAGCGAGCAGGACCUGGGCUGAGAGGAGGAGGGGAUCACUGCAAAGUGAGGCUGGGCAGUGAAGAGAAGGAUGGACCCAGAUGUGCUGAACAUGUUUGUCAUCGCCGGUGGCACCCUGGCCAUCCCCAUCCUGGCUUUUGUGGCCUCCUUCCUCCUCUGGCCCUCGGCACUUAUCCGCAUCUACUACUGGUACUGGCGCCGAGCCUUGGGUAUGCAGGUUAGAUAUGCAAACUACGAUGACUACCAGUUUUGUUAUUCAUAUAGAGGGAGACCUGGAUAUCGGCCAUCCAUCCUGAUGUUACAUGGGUUCUCAGCCCACAAAGACAUGUGGCUGUCCAUAGUCAAGUUCCUGCCAAAGAACCUGCACUUGGUGUGUGUUGACAUGCCCGGGCACGAGGGCACGACCCGCUCCGACUUGGACGAUUACUCCAUUAGUGGGCAAGCAAAGAGAAUACACGAGUUUGUGGAGUGCAUCAGGCUGAACAGAAGGCCCUUUCAUCUGGUUGGCACGUCAAUGGGGGGAAAUGUUGCUGGUGUCUAUGCUGCUCAGUACCCAGAAGACAUUUGCAGCCUGACCCUCAUCUGUCCUGCAGGCCUACCAAGUACCACUGACAGCAAGUUCAUUAAGCAGCUUCGGGAGAUGCAGGAGUCCAAAUGCAUCGACAGGAUCCCAUUAAUUCCCUCGACACCUGAGGAGAUGUCAGAUAUGCUGAAACUCUGCUCCUAUGUUCGCUUCAAGGUGCCACAACAGAUCCUCCAGGGCCUGGUUGACGUGCGCAUCCCUCACAAUGACUUUUAUCGGAAAUUGUUCUUAGAAAUCGUGGAUGAAAAGUCCAGGCACUCUCUUUAUGAGAACAUGAGCAAGAUCAAAGUGCCAACACAGGUCAUCUGGGGAAAGCAGGACCAGGUCCUUGAUGUUUCUGGUGCCAGUGUUUUAGCAAGCAAUAUCCCAGACUGCCACGUGUACAUCCUGGAAAACUGCGGGCACUCGGUGGUGGUGGAGCGGCCCCGCAAGACAGCCAACCUCAUCCUGGAGUUCCUGGCACUGCUGCACAGCAUGGACAACAACAAGAAGCAGGCAUGAGCGUGGCGGGGAGCCAGGUGCCCAUGCCAGGCCUUUUAAAUUGUAAAGUACUGCAGCUUUGAUAAGUUCUCAGGGAUCUUGUACGAAUCGGGGUGAAUGUGCCAAAGUCCCUGAGGAAGGCAGAAUCACUGAUACUAAAACUGUAGCACCACUGGCAUAGCGAACUAGGGGUCAUUGAGCAACCUCCGUAGAUACAGGAACGGAAGCAGAGUCUCUCCAUUUUCUACUUAGACGUAAAUUAGAAACAAUCUGAAAUCACCCAGCGCUAGCCAUGCCGUGUGCUGAAGCUCCUUAUGCAGCCGCCCAUCCCACCUGAGUUACCGGCACGUAGUUGUUAAUGACUUUUACCUAAACUAUGUAAGAAGUGUAGGAAGGAGGAAACAUCCUGGACAGAGACUUACACUAUUUCUACUACUUAGAGUCCGUCGCGUUGCAUGCUGCUGUGCUGUAAGAGAACCCCAGUGCUCCAGGCGUCUGCUUGAGUGCUCUUUGUAUAACUCCUUAACUUGUGAUUUAUGCAGAAAACAACAGAAAACUUCAUGCGUGGAAGUCCAAUGACUCGAUGUGCAAAAAUGUUUACACUCUGAGUGGGUUUUUUCAAAUCCUCACACAGCUCCUGUGUAUGUGUAAUGCCUUAAUGUUGCCCAGGGUACGGUGUCUGUGCACAGCCUGCCUUGCCCGGGGGAUGGUUCCCCCUGAGGGUGAACACAGCGAGUGAAAACUUGGGGUCCAGACAGCAAAAAGCUGAAAACCUCCCAGGGCAAUGCAGUCCCCGAGCCCGAGUCAGCAAUAAAGGUGUGAGUCAGCAAACUCGGGUGAACUCAUCUCAGCUCUCCUAUCGCAUUGCUCUGCCGAACACCUGGAUGUAAAUAAUGACUUUCUUAAUGAAUUCCAUGAAUUCUGCGAACGCUGACUUCACUGAAACCAGGGGUGAGGGGUGGGAGAAGGCUGUCUGUGGCACUGGUGGGAGGGUUGUGGGCUCCUGGGCUGGCUGGGUGGCCAGGAGUGGGACACUUGCCUACCAGGCACUGGGUGGUGGCAUGGGAAGGUAUGGUGUGCUUCUGUGUCCUCUCAGUGAUUAAAACUCCUGACUGUGUGAAAUUAGAGACAGAAAUGGGCAGGGCAGACAAGCUAUGCUUUGCAGCCUGCAAGGUGAUGUAUGGGGAUGGGCCCUACUCCCUCCCCCCCUCAAGGUGUGGUCCCUCACCAUGUGUCCCAGGGAGAGCGGGUUGGUCCUGGUCUGGGCAGGACCAGGGGCUACUGGAGGGCAAGGUGGUGUCAUCUCAAAGGCAAAGCAGCAGAUGACUGGCCAUCAUCCCUAGGUCACCCCCAGACCUCCUCAGGGGCUGAUACCAGGUGCUGUGGGACCCCCCUACAGAUGGGGUAUGCAUGCUGUUGGUGCUGACUGCCAUCUUCUCCAUGUCUUUCCAAGGUGUAUCCCAAUUUAUAAUUAUAUCUGAAACUAAUGGUCAUCUUCUCCACUCUUUUUAAGGGAAGAAACAUGGUUCUUUUAGAAAAUUAGAAAUUUGCUGUUGAUUGCUUGGUUAUUGUUUCUACUACAGGAGUUGAUUAAAAAAAAUAAAUUAAUUGCUGAUAGUUUUAUGUGGUAAAAGUCAGAAAAAGUUCAUGGGUAUCUCUAUGGUUUCUCAUACACCACAGAUUGCUGUAUGCAAAGAAUUUAUAUGGCUAUUAAAAUCUAGUGAUUUAAGGAGUCC